UGCUUCUGUUUUCUUGUCUUACGUUUAGUAGGCAUUUCUAGUGUCUUUUCUGUACAAGGUUCAUGCUGAUGUUCUGGGAAAUACAAUGAGUAAGAAAAUCAAAAGAGCUAUCCUCAGUUGGCUACCAAAGUACUGCAAGAAAGAAAUAAAAUAAUAAAUAUAACACAAGGUAAGCAGUGAUGUGAGCUCUUUGGGAAGUACAGAUGAAGCACAGCGUGGUAUAUGGAGAGUGUUACAUAAUCCUCAACCCUUUAGUGAUAAAUAACCUGUUCAGCUAUUGCUGUAAAGACUGGCAGUUGGGGGUGACAGUUCCUUUCAUGCAGAUUACCCAAGAAAAGCCAUCAGUUACCCAUUAAGAUGAGAGUUACCUAGGAAAUUUUGGAUAUUUAUCAUUGAGAAAAGAGUUCUCUCUACCUACCUUUGCUAAAAAUUCUCAAAGAUCCACUAGGCUUCAAGGAAGGAAACAGAAAUUAAAAUAUCUGUCGAAGUUUUUCCCCAGAUUAUUCCUUCUGGUCAGGUUCUCUCCUUGUCAUAGUAGAUUAGGGUUGGGGGUCAGUCAGGAAGUGCCAGAGUGCUAGAUGUUAGAGCAGGGACUUUUGAGCUAAAGUAGCAGAAGGUACCAUGGCUAAGGGAAGGUUCAAAGUGAACCAGUAUGUGGAAGUAGAUGAUCCAGAAUUUCAGAAGGAGAAACUUAAUGAACAACAAAUUAAAAGGAGCCAGAGGCAGGUAUUGAUAUUAGGGUGUGAAGCCUGAAUUCUAUAAUAACUUAGUCACUUUGGACCCUACAAUAAAUGUUAGUGUCUGUGACUUACUUUUAUGGAGGAUAUGGGAGGAAAGCUUGAGGUCAAAUUUAUUGGGCCAGAAGUUGAGUGGAUAUUGGCAACCAAAACCAGUCUUCCUUGGACAAGUCACUAUCUCUAUCUUUGUGUUUUCACAUUGGUUAAUAAAAGGUGAUGAGGAUUAUUCUUGUGGUCAUCUAGACCAUGUGCAUUUAUUAACUAACUAUUGCAUUCCAGGCUCCAUGCUGAGUGUACAUGGAGAGUCAAGUGGAAAUUAGUGCUCUAGAACCUGGAGUCCAGAGGGCAUAAAUAAAACACUGGUAGGCCAGACAAGCUAAAUUACAUGUAUUUUUGUAAGGCUCGCCAGCGGCUGGCCUUAGAAGCCUAGCUUCAACUUUUAAAUAGUCAUGAUUAAACUUCCCUCAGAACUCCUAAAAGUCCUUUGGUUCACAACAGUUUUCAUAGACUGAUGAAUUAUAACAAGUGGAUUUUGAGAACAUGUGUCUUUAAAGGACUGAUAAGCAGAAAAUAAGUAGGCUUUUUCAGGUAACGCUCAGGGCUCUUGUGGAUUGUCAUAUCUCUUCUCUUGGACCUACACGUCACAUCCACCUGCCCAUCUGUUCCUUUCAUUCAAGGUCCAGGAAUCCUACACCAUGAGCAGGAUUUUCACUUCUCAAUAUAGAACCAUGUACCUUACCUCAUAGUCCAAUGGACUUCCUGAGAAUAAAUCAUUGUCCUUGUGUUUUGUAAGAGGCAACAUUGACUUUGUCGUUAACAUAUGUGAAUCUGCCUUCAGUCAAUGAACUAUUUUAAUUACCAAUAAGUGUCCUAAAAUUUAUAUAAUGCCCUGAAAGAUCAACUUUUAAUCACUUAUUGAUUAUGAUUUGAGGGGCCUUGUGUCCAGACUAAAUGCAGUGUGACUUAUCCCAUGGAUCCUGCAGCUUGCUAAUAAGCAGCAACUUCUCCUGGCACAAGCCACUGUCCUCAUCAGACAAGCUGAGACCAUGCUUUGUGCCCUGCACCUAUAGUAAGAGAAAAAGUACACGGCAAGCUUUGGCCCAACAGAGUUAAGAGGAAGACUUGGGAGGGAUGGAACCUUCCAACAAGUUUGGAAGAAAGUAGAGGGAAUGCACAGAUGCCAGACUCCCACGAAGACCCAUGGACAAUCCCGCACUCACGCUUCUCUAUCGAACUUUAAGAUUUAUUAGUAAUAUGCUGCCUUUGCAAGAUGAAAAGAAACUAAUGCCAAGAAGGCAUAUUCUUCAAUAUUUGGAAUAGACGUGCUCUCAAGACAAUGGCUUCAAAGGUGUCCUGUCUAUAUGUUUUGACAGUCGUGUGCUGGGCCAGUGCCCUCUGGUAUCUGAGUAUAACUCGUCCCACUUCCUCCUACACUGGCUCCAAGCCAUUCAGCCACCUAACAGUCGCCAGGAAAAACUUCACCUUUGGCAACAUAAGAACUCGACCUAUAAACCCACAUUCUUUUGAAUUUCUUAUAAAUGAACCCACCAAAUGUGAAAAGAACAUUCCUUUCCUUGUUAUCCUCAUCAGCACCACCCACAAAGAAUUCGAUGCCCGCCAGGCAAUCCGAGAGACGUGGGGGGAUGAGAACAACUUCAAAGGGAUCAAGAUAGCCACUCUCUUCCUCCUGGGCAAGAACGCUGAUCCUGUUCUGAAUCAGAUGGUGGAGCAAGAGAGCCAAAUCUUCCACGACAUUAUUGUGGAGGACUUUAUUGACUCCUACCAUAACCUUACCCUUAAGACAUUAAUGGGAAUGAGAUGGGUGGCCACUUUUUGUUCAAAAGCCAAGUAUGUCAUGAAAACAGACAGUGACAUUUUUGUAAACAUGGACAACCUUAUUUAUAAACUACUAAAACCCUCCACCAAGCCAAGGAGAAGGUAUUUUACUGGCUAUGUCAUCAAUGGAGGACCAAUCCGGGACGUCCGCAGUAAGUGGUAUAUGCCCAGGGAUUUGUACCCUGACAGUAACUACCCACCGUUCUGUUCGGGGACUGGCUAUAUCUUUUCAGCUGAUGUGGCUGAACUCAUUUAUAAGACUUCACUCCACACAAGGCUGCUUCACCUUGAAGAUGUAUAUGUGGGACUGUGUCUUCGAAAACUGGGCAUACAUCCUUUCCAGAACAGUGGCUUCAAUCACUGGAAAAUGGCCUAUAGUUUGUGUAGGUAUCGCCGAGUUAUCACCGUGCAUCAGAUCUCUCCGGAAGAAAUGCACAGAAUCUGGAAUGACAUGUCAAGCAAGAAACAUCUCAGAUGUUAGGAUUUUUACCAAUGUAAAUACAUUUCUUUUCUUUUUUAAGAAAUGGGACCUAAGGUGUUGGUAUUUAACAGGUGUCACCAAGGGAAAUGAACUGGCAAAGGGGUUUUGUAAAAAGGGUUUUCUUCCCACUCCUACUUUCUUUCUUGGAUUACCAAUUUACAAAUGUCAGGCUCUGGUCAUAGAAACAAUACACGAGUUUGAAGGGCCAGAUUUCAUUCUCAGGUCCUAAGGCAUUGCAUUUAUCUGAAAAAGCAACUUCCUGAAAACUGCUAGGAUUUACAUACUGUGCAUCUGAGAUAAAAAUCUGGUUUUGGGAAACUGAAACUCACUGUAAUGUCUUCAUAUCAGCUCUGCAAAAAUGAAUAAGUAAAUAGCGCUUUUUCAGAAAUAAUUCAGAAAUAAUACGCAGUCAGGAAGACACGCUCGAUGUGAUUAUUAACAUUGUGUGUGCUGUUAUAUUGAAUUUUUACAUAUAUUGCCAUGGGACAUGUACAGAGUUUGCCGUUCCAGCAAGAAAUGAACUUAGGCCUGGCAGGAAGGCUGCAGUUAAAUAAAUGGAAAUCUAAACUUGAAAAUCAAAUAUCCUGUAUGUUUGGAAGACAACUCUGCCUGCUCAUCCAAGGAUUAAACCUGGUCAUUGGGUGGAAUGUAUAUAAAAUGCUACUUAACAAAAUAAACAAGAGCUUUUUUUUUUUUUUUUUUUUUUUUUUUUUGCCCUUUCAGAACAAACAUUACCUGGUGCCUCCAAGGAGAUUUUGCCAAAUGUAAUCUCACCUGCCUGCCUCCAUACAGUGUUGCUAAGUGCAUUUUACAAUUUCUGACAGAGGCAGGCACAUGUGUAGAAAUAAGUUGGAAGGAGGGCAGAAAAACAAUAAAUUACAUGGAGAAAAUACAAAUUUAUGUCUGCAUUAAAAUUAACAUAAGCAAACUUAGCAAUAGUAUGAGAUGCCACGCCCACACAUUUGCAAAGCAUGUGAGAGAAUCUUUCAAUGGGUACCAAUGUUAUUGGAUGAUUUAGCUCUGUAGGUGAUAGAUGUAACACUCUAACAUCUGAAACAUCCAAGCACCUCCAGCAGCAAUGCUGUUGGGAGGCAUUCUGGGAGCUCCAAGCUCUGUGAUUGAGGUUCACGGGAAGGAAGGGUGGAGAAGCUUGGAAUCAGUUCCUGUUGAUACCAUCAUCUUUGCUGGGUCAUGUGAGCAGGCGUCUUAACCUUGCUGUGCUUCAGUAUGCUCAUGUAUAAAAUGGAUGGAAAAAACACCUACCUCACAGGUGCUGUGAGAGCAAAUUGCAUUUCCUAAGAAUCUUGAGAUCCUUAGUUUACAAGGUGCUAAUGCAAUGUGUCAUGCGUUAUGCCAAAUGCUAAAGUAAUUCAUUACAAUGAUGGUCAUUGUAAUCAGUAGUAGUAACAUCAGCUUAAAUGUAAAAUCUGCCAAAAGAAAGAUCGAAUAUGAACUGUUCGUGCAUCUGGUUCUUCUAAGAUUUUUUGACUUUUCCCUGGAUAUCUUAGGUGUUUGGAGAAGCUUCAAUUUCUCUACCAUUUCUUCUGGUUUCAAUGAACAAGUUUUUACUUCAGUGCAUUGCCUUGAUUUCCCAGGGUGCUGCAAGUGAAGGCAGCUGUGUUUCUUCAGGGAGGAGCCUCUGGCUGGAAGUGUAUUACAAUAAAUGAAUCACAUGCUUUGCAAAAUGUAUUAUAUCCCAUCAACUCGGAUCUCAGGAAACAGUGAUCUGAAUUCUCAAUAAGAACUUUGAAGAGUGACCGGUAAAGCUAGCCCCCCUCUAUCAGAAGAACAGGCACUCAGCAGCCCUCCACAUUGCACAUCAUCUAUUCAUUAGAAAACUUCUUUUUGUUUGUUUUCAUUCAAAGAAAGCCCUGCAACUGAAAGAAUAUAACUUUUCUUUUAACCUGACCUUUGGAAGCCCCCCCUAGAAGUUGAUAGCAAACAAGUAAACACAAUGAACAAAUGGAAGUCAUGGCCUAUUUCUUGAAAACACUGGAUCUUUUAUCCCCAGCCCCAAAGAAUGCAAUAUGAGACAGGCCUUCCUGUCCUUCAAUACAUCUUCAUCAAACAGCUGGACUGCUGAGUUUGAUUGGAAAACAGCAUUAGGUAGCCUGGGGAGAGAUGGAUCAGCACAAGGUGAGCCCUCUCUAACCCCCACCCCUCAACUGCUGUGAGUUCCAGUCAUUGGAAAAGUCUCAUGACUUUGUGCUUGGUUUGCGUUUCAGUCACAUAGCUGAAUCAAGCCUCUGUCUUAUACUACCAUUUUGCAUUUACCUUAUGCUCAGUCAAGCCACCUUCGCGUCAAGGAAUUGCACAUUACUAACAUCGUAUAUGUACAUCUAUGAAUUGUUUUCUGUGUGUGUGUGUGUGUGUGUGUGUGUGUGUAUCCACUAUAAAUAGAGCCCUAAUCUUUAAAAGGAGCAAAAAUCAGAGAAUCAUGUCUUAAAGAACUAUUUCCUAACUUUUUUAUGCUAGGUAGUGCCCAUGUGACAAACAUGUAAAUAUUCAUCGAAGACCAUAUGUAUAUAUUUUAAAGGCAUUUUUCCCUUCUCCCCUGUAUGUAUAGCUAGAAUCUGCUUGUUAUGUACAUUUUCUUCUGCAUGGAGCUCAGUGAGGCAAAGCCAUUUGUCCAGUGUUUCAAUAGCUGAAAGCAUGAUUGCCCUUCAUUUUUUGAAUGUUCAAAAAAAAAAAAAGUUUAAGUCAAGUGAUCAUGAAAAAGCUCUAAUUUUCUACUUUUCUUAAUUUUAUGGUGCCGGCCAAAUUAUGGUUUCAAUUAUUUAAGCCAUUUUUUAAUGUAUUAUUAUUUCUCUUACAUAAAAUAAUGUUUCAAUGUUGUACCAGGAGUCGUUCAGAGAAUUUUUAUAAAAACCUUCUGACUGUCCCCCUACCUGUUGUGUUCAUUAUGCAUUGGAUAACAAAAGGUAUCAAUAAUUAAUGUCUGUAUUCUUAAAUUUUCCUUUUUAGGUUUGUUUUUGGAAAAAAAAGUUUUAUCUUUGCUGGUUAGUUUGCGUGGCUUUGGGUCUUCUUCUAUUGAACCAAAUGCCAGUUUCGAUAUAUAAUAUUGUAUUUUUAAAUAACGGGAAUCAAAAAAAUGAACAUCGUUUUCGGUUUGGAUUAAAAUCAGAAGAACAAAACCCCUUUGUGUGAUGAUAUGGGGGAAACAAACUCUUUAUAGAGAAGCUGAGGAAGGUGUUUUUCAGUCAAACCUCUUCUAUCAAAAGACAAUGGAACAUUUACAUAAAGCUUCUGGGAUUCAUUUUCUACCUUUCCUAAUAUGUGGGUUUAGUGGGGGAAUUGAUUCUGUCAUUUCUUCUGUAAAGGUGAGGAUAGUUUUUAUAAGCAACAAAGUAACUUGUGAAUGAAAGAAAUAAUUUACUAGAAACGCUUGUUGAUGAUAAUUGACAUUUAGGUAUAUCGUUAUAUAUGAAUGAUUGUUUAUUUAUGUAUUUAUUUGUCAAAAUUGUACAUACUAUUUCGCCAAACGUACUUGUCUGUAAAAGUGCACUCUCCAGGUUUGUAGUACUAUUUAGGGUUACAUGGGUUGCCAAUCAAGCUGCUAAUCAGAAUACUAUUUUUUGUAUCAAUGUUAUAACACUGAAAAAUAGAUGUCUUUACAUUCAGUUUCUUCACCUUCCUCUUGAAAUGUAAACUGUGGAUUGAAAGCACGAUGCCAAUGUAUAAGCCCAUCUGUCAUGAGGAAGAUUAUGGUUUCGUAAAGCUGAUUUUUUUAAACCAUUGGGACAAAUAAACAGAAGGAGAACA